CCCCAAAGGGAAAUCAGAUUUGAGMACUUUCCGAGAAAAUARAGGUUGAAGAAAAGAUCCUACAAGUACAAUCAAAAACUAUAAAAGUUGCCAUACAAUGCAAAGAAACGUGGCAAUGAACAUUGCGRURCUUUCGCUGGGCAUCSUUUCCUUGUUCUUUGGGGCAGCGGUCGACGUACACGGAUUUGUGCAACCGCCACGAGUGUGUGGCACCAGUGGCUGCGGCUCGAAAAAGUGGGAACCAGAGGAUCCACGCUCGUACCGACCAUUGCAUCAAAGCACCACCUCCGUCGACACYAGCGACGUCGACGUCGUCGGGGAGGGCCGGAGGGGCGACGCCAAGGGUGCGGCCCUGCAAUUGGUCGACGUGGCCGUCUCGCGGGGUGGACAAACAUUGUUGUCCAAUAUCGACUGGAGGGUGGAACCCAAGGCCAAAUGGGGACUCGUGGUAAGUGUUCGAACGCUUUGCACUGGAAUUGGAAUGCAGAGAAAUUAUACGAGGUACUUGCACCAUGCUGCCCCUUGUUUCGAAAUUAUUUACCACGAUAGCAGUGUAUCAGGUUGUUGCUGAUAUUUUAUGUGCGGUCUCUUCCCCUGCUGUAUUUUUUGAUGAUGUUGAUUGUCAUCAUCAUCAUUUUCGAAUUCAAUAGGGUGCCAAUGGAUGUGGAAAGUCCACCUUGCUAAAAGCCAUAUUGAACGACUUGGGAGAGUACGAAAAGGACGACGUACUCAAUGAUUACCUCGAUGUGGACGGAAGUGUYACGAUAGGAACGAAACAAGAGGUAGGAUAUCUGAAACAAACGGCCGUCUCSGGAUCGACGCUCACUGUCUUUGACGAGGCAGCCUCGGCAAUGAAAGAGGUUGUCGCUGCGAGAACGAAUCUGCGCCAGGCMGAAGCUAAGCUAGAAGCCUCUUCAGAGAAUGCUCCGGAAGAACUAGAUCGAGAUUUAAAGGCUCUCGACAUUGCUCGGGAUCGCUACGAGCGAGUUGGUGGAUACGUCCAGGAACAGGAAGUGGCAACCCUGCUGAAGGGUUUGGGAUUCACUAAUCUCACGCAGACCUGCGAUGAGCUGAGCGGUGGAUGGCAGAUGCGUGUGAGUUUCGCCAAGCUCUUGCUUUCAAAGCCAUCCUUAGCYAUGCUGGACGAACCGAGCAACCACCUGGACCGAUCGGCACGGGCAUGGCUGGCCAAUUAUAUGAAAAACUACGACGCCGGAGCCAUGAUUUUGGUGACCCACGACGUGGAAUUGCUGAACGCUUGCGAGCACAUUGCGGAAAUCACGAGCGGAGGCUCCUURCAGAUUUACAAAUCUUGCACGUAUGACCAAUACCURCAGCAGAAACGGGAACGUGCGUACGCUGCUGCCACUGAAUACGAAAGGAACAUGGAAAAGGCGGCAAAGCUCCAGGCCUUCGUCGACAAAUACGGGGCGUCUGCCACAAAGGCAUCGGCGGCCCAGUCGCGCGUCAAGCAGAUCGAAAAGAUGCGAGCCCAGGGGCUCCUAGAUCCACCGACCGACAACGCCGUUUCGGAGAUUGAGCGUUUCAAACCCCGUAUGACRCUGCCCCCACCGCCUCGCCCACAGGGUGGUGCUAUGGACGGAAGAGGCAGCGGCAACGACGUUGGCGACGACGGAGUCUUGCUGUCCCUGUGCGACGAUGCAGCUGUGGGAUAUUAUCCCGAUGCCGGUGGYGAAGACGACGGAACCCAGGAGGCGGUCUCAUUGAUUUCAAACAUCGAAUUGAACAUUCAACAGGGCAUGAAAAUCUUGAUUCGCGGACCCAAUGGGGCCGGCAAGACGACCCUCCUGGACACUCUCCGGGGCAAGCUCCCAUUGCUAAAWGGCGAUCGGGUGGAGGAUUCCAAUCUGAAACUAGGGGUUUUUACGCAAGAUCUAGCACAGGAAUUGGAUCCCACUCGGCGAGCUGUUGAUUUGGUCACGGAACACGCGCGGUCUGGAGACGACGGAGACCUAUACAUCACCGACGAAGAGGCCCGAAAUGUUCUUGGAGGCCUUGGCCUGCAGGGCGACAAAGCUCUCCGGUUGGUAGGACAGCUGUCGGGGGGAGAAAAGGCCCGGGUAGCGCUUGCGAUGUUUGCUCUGAAACCGAGCAAUUUAUAUCUACUGGACGAGGUUUCCAAUCACCUGGACGUGGAAUGGURCGUGAAUUGAAUGCUGCAGGUUCUGCCCCUGUUGUUUGUUUUUGUGUCUCUUCAGACUCGUUGUUUCRCUGGCAAGCAAACUCGGUCCGCCCGGCGAGGACUUAUUGCCRAUUGCAAGUCUGCUUCUAAAUCUUGUCUCACCUAAAAUGUAUCCUGCCGCGUCYCGUUUUUGUAGCGUGGAGGCCCUCAGCGAGGUUUUGUCGGAUUGGGGCGAUGGCAAGGGAUCCAUCGUGGUAAUUUCUCACGACAAGGCCUUUUGUCAACAGGUCGGAUUUACGCACGUGUUGACAAUUACAGAYGAGGGAACUCUGAAAAUGGAGCAGCGCAACACCAACGACAGCGACUGGGAUUCUUCCGUGGCCACCUUUCAGAAGUCCAGAGACGACGCCACCGACAGUAGCAACGAAGGCGGAGAGUCGGCCGUGGUCGACAAGGAACUGGACGCAAAGCGCCGAAAAAUGGCCUAUAACGCACCGAAACGAAUCUCGAAGAUCGAAACUCUGGUAGAACAAAAGGAGGAAAAAAUGGCGGUUUUGGACGAAGAAAUGAUGGCCAAUGGAAGCGAUGUCGGAAAGCUAGUGGAUUUGUCAAAAGAAAAGGAGACGCUAGAAGAAGAAGUGAUGGAAUUGAUGGAAGAAUGGGAAGAACUUGAGACACUGAUAGCAGAAAUGGAGGGACGAUGACAAAAUUUAGGACCACUAGUUUGAAAAAGGCUAAUAUGASUUUCUUAAAUGC